AAAUAGUGAAUCAUUUCCAGGUCACUUUCAACAUGGAGAGUGGAGCAGGGAAGCAUUGGACUGAGGAGGAGGUUAAAGCCUUGUUAAGCGUCUGGUCAGAAAAAAAUAUCAGAAAGCAACUGCACGGCACCCUGAGGAAUAAAGGAAUAUUUAUCUACAUUGCUAAAAGGUUACAGGAGUUGGGAGUGUGCAGGGACUGGAAACAGUGCCGUGCAAAGUACAAAAACCUGAAGUACGAAUACAGAACGGUUAAAUAUGCCCACAACUCUGGGGAUGUCACUAAAACCAUGAAGUUUUUCCAUGAUCUGGAUGCCAUAUUGCGAUAUGAGCCUGUCACACAAUUAGCAGCAGAAGAAAACGGCAGGUGUUCUGCGACUGAGACGCAGCUGAACACAAGCCCCACAACAGACAGCACGCAAGGUGAAAUACCAGUUUCUUUAGAAGAUGAUGAGGAUGCUCCAGGAGAUCCACUACUUUUUAUAUCUCAUGCCAGACCAGUUCAACUAGGUAAUCCAGCGUCAGCAGUAGAGGCUUCCAAACCACCGGCUUUUAUUCCUACAGUAGCAAAUGAAGGAGGAAAACACUGGACUGUUAAUGAAGUCAGAGCUUUGAUACACAUAUGGUCAGACAAAAAUAUCCAGCAACAACUAGAGGGGACAGUGAGAAAUAAAAGAAUAUUUGAACAGGUUGCUGCUAGACUUCAAAAGUUUGGAAUUGACAGGGACUGGAAACAGUGCAGGACAAAAUACAAAAAUCUGAAACAUGAGUACAAGAGCAUAAAAAGUGCCCAAGACUCAGGGAGUACAAGUAAAAGUAUGAAAUUUUUUAAUGAACUGGAUGCUAUUCUGGGGCACUGCACCAUGGAACAAGCAAGUAAAUCAGAUAAUGAUGAAAGUGAGAGGCCUUCAGAAUGGACAGAAGCAAAAUCAGAAAAGGAUUCCUUAGAAAUGCCUGGAGACACAGGUGAAGAGGACUCUGUUAGUAAUAUGUCAGAAGACCUACAGGUUGCAGAUACAAAGAAAGUUUCUGAUUCAGAUGAUGUUACUGUAAAUACUACUCCAGAGAAUCGGACAGCUCUGCAUAUAAUGAAAGAAACAGCUAUGACAAAAAUCCUUGAAGAUGAGGGGGACUUUGCCAACUCCACCCCAGUAGCUCUGGAAGCUACACAAGUAAAGAAGGAAACGAUUGAUAUAGAUGAUGAUUCUAUAAGCACUACCUCAGAAGACAGAUCUUGUACACCAGUAGCAAAACGGAUGGUUGGGACAGACAAUCACAUUCCCUUGGAAGAAGCACAAAAUCACUUUAAAGUUAUUACAGUUAAUGAUACUGGAGCAGGAAAACACUGGAGUGAUAAUGAAGUUAGGGCUCUGAUAAACAUAUGGUCAGAUGAAAAGAUACAACAGAUGCUUGAAGGGGCCACAAGAAAUAAAGAAAUAUUUGAGGAAAUUGCCAGAAGGUUAAUGAAACGUGGUAUAGACAGAGACUGGAAACAAUGUCGCACAAAGUACAAGAACUUGAAAUAUGAAUACCGUGCACUGCAGAAAGAAAAUGAGCACCUUGGAAAUCCCAAAAGAAAAAUGAGAUUUUAUGAUGAAGUUGACUGUAUCUUAAGAAGACAGCCUCUCGGAACCUCAGGCUGGGGAUGUGAAAGCUCAAGUCCCCUAUCAGUUUCAGUGGCAGAUGCUGCAGCAAACACGGGAUCUUUGAGUAUCAAGAGGAAAACAUGGAAUGAUGAAGUGUCACCUGUUCCACUUAAGAAAAGUGCUUCUGAAAACACCAUAUUCCACUUCCAAAAACUGUUAACAGAGAGAGUGCAUACAGUAACAGAAGGCAAAAAGUUACUGUUUGAAAGGCUUUGUAAGCAGGAAGAAAUGCAAGACCUCAACAGAACACAGCUGUAUGCUGAUCCAUCAGCCGUACAACAGUGUACUCCAGCAAAACAACUUUCUGGAUCUCAGUCAUGUUUGGGCAUAGACCUACACAGCCCUGCUAAAGCCAGGUUAUUGGAGAAACUGUUUGGGCCAAAGGCUUUGAGCUUCAGGAAGGAAAAAUGCUUGCAAUGAUGGUGGAUCCACAAGCACUAUCUGCAUAAUUUGCUUUAAAGACUGCCUUCAGAAUCAUCCUUUGUUUCUUACCAGCUAGGUCUCCUUUGAAUUGGCACAAGUAUCCAUAUGGCCAAGUGGCUAAACAACUGAUUUACAUUAAAACUAAUCUAAUAAAAAGCCCCUCCAAACAACCCGGCUUUUUUUUUAUUUCCCCCCCAAGGGAAUGGUAACGCAAGACAUAGCAGAUAGUGAAGCCAGGAGAAUUUAUAUGAACUGCACUAGCCAGUGAUAACACAGGUUACUGCACACAACCUUCCCUCCAUGCAUGAGGCUCAAAUUUAAGGUAUGGGCAGACAAGCCAACCAAGCAAUCCUAUGAAAAUUAUGGGAGAGCUUUAUAAUGCCUACAUGGAUGACUUACAGUCAAAGUGAAGAAGAAUGAACAGUCUCACCCCAGCUCUCUAGCUAGGUUAAUGUAAUAGGAAGUCUGUUGGCCACAAUAAAUAUAACAGCUGCCUCAGAAAUGUCCUCUUGUAUCUCUUGUUUGGCACAAUUUCCCUCCUGUUUUUCCCAGUCCUUCUUACAUGAUAUCAUUCCAGCUGGUUACUCCACAUUCAGAGAUAAGAGCUUAGACUGAAUUACAUUUUGUGACAUGUACAUUGAUGAUACCUCAACUUGGUUAGGAUGAAAUCUGGCUUUUCUUCACUUUCCCAAAAAUGAGUGUGUAGGAACCCAAGCCCUGCAGGAUGUUAUGUAAAACUACCUAGCAGAUGGAAGAGCUCACCACAGCAAAAAGGCCCUGCUCUUCCUCUCUUCUUGCAGGAAAAUCUUUGCAGAAUGUUAAGCCAGGCUGUCAUCACCUGCAGCACAAAAUGGCCUAAAACUUGAACCAAGAUAGAACUAAAAGAAGAGUUUCCUCAUCUACAUUCUGUGUCUGAAUGCACUCAGGAAUAUUUUACCAGCAUAUAGAGCAUGAAUGUUCUCAUAAAAUAGCAUACAGACUCAGUACCUAACUAGGAAAACAUCUGACCCUGUAUAUUCCUUAGGGAAUUUACAUAUAAAUAUGACUAAUUACAAAAUUUUCUAUUUAGACAAUUGAGACAUUUGACACUGCACUUCUUGCACCUGGGAGUGGGGGAUAUGUUGAACUCAUAAUGAAUUCUUGAGAUGAAACGAAAAGAUAAAUACACACCAAAUUAUCAGGAUCAUUACCUGUAGUAUAUCUGAGUUCCUCAGAAAAUUCCCAUCCAAAUACUAUUAUAAUUUUAAGCUUUUUGAUUGAAAUAUUCACAAUAUAAGUCACAAUACCAAUGGCUUGCUAAAUAGCCUUUAAAAGAAACCCCUAUCUUGUAGCCAAGAUGUUGUAUAUAAAAUGUAGAUAAACACUUUUAUUAUGCUAUAUUGAAUGCAGGUUUUUGGAGGGAUGGCUAAUGGGAAGCAACCAGCAACUUUACUAGACUGAAUGAGAAGUGUCUUAACAUACACUGGUGAUGAUCUGUUAUAUGGGUUUUAAUAAUGGACAAUAACAGGAAAGGUAUCUAAAAGCACACUGGCCAAGCCUCCAAUGAUUACAAGUUCCAUACACAGGCCCACCUGAGACAAGGAAUAUUCCAACUUAAUGGCACUUCCACCUUCAUAGAAGAGGGCUUUUAAAGACUUGUUCUAAAAAUGAGUACAAAGCUGGUAGGUACACUCAGGUUUCAGUACAUAGUAUUACUGCCAAAAUUAUUUUCCAAAGAAUUUUGCAAAAAGUUAACAGAAAUCACACUUCUUGAAGAUUAACUUUGCAAAUUUGUCCUGGUCAAGGACUCAAAUGACGUCUAAUAGAUUUGUAAUUCAGAGUAACUCCUCCUCCCUCCCUCACCGCCCCCAAGAAAAUCCUCUCCUUAGCAAUAUCCUCUGAUUUAUUUUGGCAUGCUGUCAGUGGAUUUUGCACUGACUUUGUUCCUGGGCUUACAAAAUGUAGAGAUGAUUUAGACCAUCCACUUUUAAGCCUUGUUAAUGUUGAUGCCAGAGUAACAUGAUUUGCUUGAGCAGAAUUAAAAGUUUCUAACAUAAUGAGCAUGGUAAAAUGUUACCAUGGUGUCAAAUUAAAUUUAUAAAAUGUUCUUAGUGUGUGGAAGGCCUUGAUUAGACUGCGAGAAGGAAUAUACUGGUUUUCAUUUUUAAUUCAGAGUUCACCAUUAUAAAGUUAAAGCAAAUAAAAAGCUGUGUUUUAACUUCUGCUACAAAGGAGAGAGAAUUUAAGCCUCAACAACUAGCAGCUGCUUUUUAAAUAUUAAAAAAAAAUGCAACCCCAAACAACUUUUAAAGUUGUUUCUGCUAAUGUCAUAAUAGUGAAAUUACAAGUUUAUCUUUUGUCUUUUCUGAUGAGGCUCCUGAACUCCGCUUACAUAUACACAUCAAUUUUUCAUGCAGAACAGUUUCAGUGAGUGAAGCAGCAAGCACCACUCAUACACACCACUGAAUGCAUGCUUAAAUAUUUUGGUGGCUUGAUUCAGCUCACAGAGUUUCAAGUUCAGCUGCAAAUAUCCCCAAUGAAGACAAUCUCUUCAGUGCCACAGUAAUACAAAUGAUCAACUCAUUCUUGGCCAUUUAUCAGAAACAGCAAAGUCUUUCACCUUGCUGCAACCAGCUGUAUCAGAACACAAAGCACAAAGAAUUUAUGCUGCAUGUUUUUGUGAUAUCUAACAAAUACUCUGGAUUUUUACACAUACAGGUAAGAUUUCAAAGAUCAGAAAUUAUAACAUGUUCUCCUCUUUGUGGUCUAGGCAUCUCAGAAAUGAAGCUUGACACAAUGCCAUGCUUUAAUAUUCUGAAUUUUAAAAUCUGAGGCAAAUUAAGGGCCAAAUUCUAUAUUUUGUUUUAUUGCACCGGACUAAUUUGCUUAUAGAAGAACUUGUUCAUAUGAAAAUAUGUAAUCAUUACAUAAAUAUCCUUACUAAUUUGAAGGUGAUGUCUAAGGACUGUAUUUUCUAGUAGCCAGUCAAAUUUCUAUUAGUCACUCAGGCCUGAAUUGGAUAGCCCAUUAAUAUUCACUAUAAUCUUUCCUAUUUACUUAUUUUUAAAGGGCUGUUGUUAAAAGAUGUGUCUUUGUUUUUAACUUUAAAACCAUGGGCCUAAUGAAGUUUACUGAUUCAAUAAUGCUAAACUUUAACUGUGGUUUUCAAGAGACAUUCCAAAAAGUAGAAAGAAGCUGUUAUCCUUGGGAUUAUUAUUGGAUUGGGAUGCCAGCUCUUCUACCCACCAUAACAGGAGAAAUUCAAGGAGAGAAACAUUAGCAAAGAAAAUAGGAAGAUUAAUAUCUCAACUAUUUACAGAAUUUUAUUGAGUGCUUGUAAAGGUACACCUAAUGGAACAGACUGUUUCACUUUUACAUGUCCAAUGCUUAUGCCUUUAGGAAAGCAUCCCUUACAAUUACUGAGUUAGAUCAGAAUCAGAGGUAGUACAUAUAUGCCUCUAGGUGUGUAGCUUCCUGUAGAAUU